AUGGCGGCGGCGGGUCCGGCCUCAGGCUCCGGGCGGCUCCCGGCUCGGCCCCGGCCCGGCCUCGCUCGGUUCCGCGGCUGCUUGGCCGGGGCGUUGUUGGGGGAUUGCCUGGGAGCCGUUUUCGAAAGCAGGAGCGUCGUAAAGCUGCCGGAGCUGCUGAGUUUCCUCAAAGGACUGGAAGCGGCGCCGCCUGAGGAGGGAGGGGAGGCGGCGGGGAGCGCACGUGGAGAGUCGCUGCCGUACACGGACGACACGGCCAUGAGCAGGUCGCUGGUGCAGUCACUGCUGGCCAAGCGGGAAUUCGAUGAGGUUGACAUGGCCAAGAGGUUUGCUGAGGAGUACAAGAAGGAGCCCAACAGGGGCUAUGGGACGGCCGUGGUCAACGUCUUCAAGAAGCUCCUGAGCCCCAAGUGCAACGAUGUGUUCGAGCCCGCGAGAGCCCAGUUCAACGGGAAGGGCUCCUACGGGAACGGCGGGGCCAUGAGGGUGGCCGGCAUCUCCCUCGUCUACUCCGACGUCCAGGAUGUCAAGAAGUUUGCGAAGCUGAGCGCGGAGCUGACCCACUCCAGCUCCCUGGGCUACAACGGGGCCAUCCUGCAGGCCCUGGCUGUGCACCUGGCGCUGCAGGAAGGGCUCAGCAGGGAAACCUUCCUGGAGCAGCUCAUCAGCCACAUGGAGCACGUGGAGGCGGAUGACAAAUCUCUCAGUGAUGCCCGAGCGCUGGGAUUUGAGGAUUUACCGUUUUCCAGGCGUCUAAAGAAAAUCAAGGAAUUUUUGGAGCUCAGCAAUGUUCCCAAAGCAGAUGUAUUGUUUGAGCUGGGCAAUGGCGUCGCUGCUCUGCGCUCCGUCCCCACUGCCAUUUACUCCUUCCUGCACUGCAUGGACGCUGAUCCUGACAUUCCUGACCACUACAACGCCCUGCAGAGAACCAUCAUCUACUGCAUCUCCCUGGGAGGGGACACGGACACCAUCGCCACCAUGGCGGGCGCCAUCGCCGGCGCCUACUAUGGGGAGGAGCAGGUGCCCCCGAGCUGGGAGCAGAGCUGUGAGGCUUUCCAGGAGACCCAGAGGAUGGCCAAGAGCCUCUAUGAACUCUACUGCCAGCGGCUCUGAGCUCCGGGGCGGCUCCAGGGCUUUCCUUGUCGGCUGUGCUUCUCCGGUCAGACCCAGCGGUGGAUCCGCGCCAUCGCGAGCCUCACCUGGGAAGGGUCCCUGCUGCUGUCAGCUGGGAGCCAGCUUGGAAAAGAGGGGACAUCUCCUUCAGUCAUGGAUCUGCAGGGAAGUGGCUGCACUUGGACAGUGGGUGCAGCUCCCCAAGUAUACAACGAUUUACUUGUUUUCCAUAGGAUUCUGCUGCUUGCUUUGUCCACCAUUGUGCCAUUUGUCAUUACAGUUCCUGAUGGGUGUCUCAAUCCAUGGACUUUCUCUCUGUUUUCCUUUGCUCCUGUGUCCAUGGGCUGUAUUUUGCUGCUCAGUAGCUUGUCCAGUGGUGUUGGGAGUCUCCACACCCCUGGUACAGCAGCAGCUCAUUCUUAGCUGGCCAGAAAAGGGAAUUCACAGGAGUCACCAGAGAGGCCUGUGCUGAGUUGGGAGAAAUGAAGCACAGAUUUCCAGGGCAGUCUAUUGCCUUAAAGCCAGAAUGAGAAGGGCCAGAGAAGGGAUUUCUUUGCAUUGCUGAUGGCUCUGUGAGACCUUUGAUGCCUGCAGACAAUCCCCACUGGCUCAUUGUCCCUGCUGGGAGAGGGUGUCACUAGUUGCUGCUCCUCCUGUGAUCCAACAGGCACCUGCUGCACUUUGUGCCCCCUUGCACAGCUGCUGUCACACUGCUGCAGCCACUCUGGCUGCUCCUAAUCCAUCCUGUAUUUUUAAAGUCCUGUAUAUGCCCAGAGCACUAAGCGAGAUUGCUGGUUAAUUCACGGAAUACCCCAAAUUGAAAGGGACCCACAAGGAUCCUGAGAGUCCAGCUCCUGUGGAGUGGAGGUAUUACAGGGAUAGAAUGCCUGGUUCUGCUGCAGUCAGUCACAAAAGUGACUUGAGCAGGAUGCAGGAGUUAACAUAUCACAGUCUCAGCCUCUGUACUUGGCAAAAAUUGCCCCAAAAUGAAAGGGAAAGGUGGGUUAAUUGGGGACAUCAGUAUUUAAAGAAGCUGGUGCUGGUGGCCAAGAACCUUCUAGCACAGCUGUGUUCCAGAAUUUCACUUAAAACCUUUUCCUAGUGGAGCCGGUCAAAAAGGGAGAAACAGCUUGGGAAUGGCACGUCUAGAAAGGGUUGGAAGCUUUUUAAUAAUUGAAAACAAAAAGUCAUCAUAUGGAAAUGUUUAUAAACUUCAAUGUGACAUUGUAACUCUUGUUAUUUCUCCAGUGUGUCUUGUGACACCGGGAAGUGGCCGUGGUGCUCCCCGGUGGUGUCAGCACGUGGUGGCUGCAUGCACAUGUGGGAAUCUGGCUGCCACAGGUCCUUCCAGUUUUCCCUGUAGUCUGCUUCCUUCAAGUGCCAGUCUUUUGUGUGAUGCUAUAAUGGGUUUUCCUUGUAUAAAUGGAUUCUUGUCCUGGGAACAUGUGGAAUUUUGGUCUGUUGUAUAUUUUUGUAUUGUGCUGCAGAUCGGAGCUGUAAAAUACCAGGUUUUCCACAUUAUUCUGCCAGAGGGGCAACCAAAUUCAUGUAAUUAUUUAAAAUAAGGUAUUUUUCUUUUAAAGCAGCUUUAUAAUUUUAAAUGUUUGGAACUCCUGACAAGCAAAGAACUCCUGCUUAAAGACUAGAGUUCUUUGGGCCUGAAUUUAGAUAUGUACUUAACCCUUCAGUUUCCUUGGAAAGAAGUAAAGUCCCUGAGUUAUCUUUGUUAAGUAGCCACUGCUCCUCUGUUUUCACUCAAGUCAUGAAGUUGUGCAUCCUCAGUGCCAAGAGGACCAGGAGUGGUUCUGGGUACAAGACUUGACACUGGGUGUUGCAGGGAGGGUCUUUGGAAAGGCUCCUUUUCCUUCUCAGCCUGUGGAAGGAGUUCAGGUGCUGGAAUCCAGCAUGUGAUGAUGGUGCAGAGACCAGGGAGUUCAUUGGGAGCCUCAUGAAUGGCAGCAGGAGGAUGAGGAAUGAGCUUUUGAAGGUGCCUGUGUGUCAGCCAGGCUUCCCUGGAAAUGUUUUGCCUCUGCCAGGUGAGAUCAGGUGGGAAAACACAUUUUCUUCUUUUAUGGACUGUCAGCCUGUGGAGGUGCUUUGCAGAUUCACCAGUCCUGAGUGUUCCUGACUCACUCAGAGUGGAGGCUGGCGGUGCACAAGGUGUGGUGUAGGAUGAAAAAAUCAUGGAAAACCACACAGAAGGGAAAGGGAAUCCCUAAGACUUCAACUUGAGUCCCACAAAUUAAUAAUCACCAGGCUGAAAGGAUCUGGGUUUCAGCUCUUUCUAAAGCUGAAUUUCUGGAGACAAGAGUCUUUUCCUUAAUCACAAGAAACAUGCAAUAACUUUUUGCAUAAGGAUGCUAAUUAGGGAAUCUGCUGGGAGAUGAUUUGAGGUGGAAAUAAGAAUGUAAGAGAACUGCAUAGACAGAGCAAGUCCCAGGACAAAGCACAGCUGAGCCCACCUCUAUACAAUAAGUUUUAUUGAUGUUUGUCAAUACAAUCAAGUACUGCAGUUUUAGUUGUGAAGAGCAGGUCAGUUUUGGGUCACAAAGAGUGCAUUUUAAACCAACUUUUACUAGGACAGUGCAUGUAAUAAGUAUUUACAAAACUAAAAACCUCUAUAUACUAGGUUAGAAAUGAAGAUACUAGAGGCAAAUUUAAAAAAAAUAGUAAGAAUUUGUAUAUAAAAAUGCACAUUGUAAUGCAGUUUUCAGCAUUAAAAAUAGACAUACCUCAUCCAACCCAACCUUUUUUAUUCUUGUGAUUGAAACCAAAAUCCCACGCGCUCACACACACGACAGAAAAUAAUCCUUUCUGCUGGCUAAUAUGUACUCAGUAUUCCAGAAAAAAAAAAAAAAUCCUUCUGGAGAGUGAA